AUGUCGAAAAAAUCAAAAAAAGGUAGGACAAUGGCAUUAACUGAUUUUCUUGCAUCAGAACCAAGACUUGUUACUGUACGAGAAAGUACAUGGGCAGCUAUUGUUGAUGAAGAAGAACAAAAAAAACCAAUAGUGGUUGAUAUGAGUGGUUUACCAACAGCACCACGUUCUGCUGUUGAUAUUGAUUAUAGUACUGUUCCAAAUAAUGCUCCAUUUGUUAUACAUGUUGCAAAUUUAUCAUUUGAAAUUGAUGAUGAAGGUCUAAGGCGAAUAUUUGCUGAUUUAAAACCAAAAGCAGCUCGUAUUAUGCGUGAUGGUACUCGUAGUCGUGGUAUUGGUUUAGUUGAAUUUGAAACACGUGAAAAUUUAAUUGAAGGAUUAAAACGUACAGAUAAAGAAAUAUAUGGAAGAAAAAUUCGUAUAAAUGUUUCUGAUAAAACUGAUUUUAAUCAAACUGAUAAUUAUCGAACAAAUUUUUUUCAUCGAACAAAUCGAAUUAUAGGUGAUGAACGACCAGAAAUGUCUGAUCGAUGGAAAAGAAUUGAAAGAAAAUCAAAUGAUUCAUUUGAUGAACGAUCAUCAAGUGGAUAUAAUCGUGAUAGAUCAAAUAGAAAUGAACAAGGACGAUCAAAUUUUACUGGUAAUUCACGUCAUAAUGGUCAACGUGGUAGUGAUUAUGGAUAUGGUUAUCCACGUACAAGAGAUGAUCGUACUAGUGGAAAUCGUGAUUAUGGUAUACGUCAUCGUUAUAAUGAUGAUGAAAAUCGACAGAAUAAUGAUACAGAUAGACCAAUACAUAAUGAAACACGGGAUAGACCCGAUCGAAAUACAUUGAAUGAUGAUAAUCGAGAACCACCAAGAGAACGUCCACGUCUUCAACUUCAACCACGUACAAAACCUCUCGAAGAAUUUAAACCAUUAUCUAAUUCAUCUUCAUCUGUGAAUAAUAUUGCUGGAACAUCAUCUAUAAUAAAUUCUGAAGAAUCUCCGUCUAUAAAUGAACAUAAUUCUAAUGAAUAUCUACAACAUGAAUCAAAUAAUACAUCAGAAGUUGGAUCAUCUAUUGAAAAAUCUACAAUUAAAUCAUUAGCUCCAUCACGUGGUGCUGGUUCAUCAAUAUUUGGUGGUGCAAAACCUGUAGAUACAGCUGCUAAAGAACUUGAAAUAGAAAGACGAUUACAAGAAUUACAAAUGGCUAAUACAGAAACUGGAAGAGAUCAUUAUGAUAAAGGAUCAUCAUCUAGACCAUCGUUUUAUCGUGGUAAACGUUUAUCAAAUAAUGAUGAUUUUCAUAAUCGUGAUCGACGUGAUGAUGGUCGAUCAAAUGUAGAUUAUCAUCAUAAACGAGAAUUCAGUGGUGGUCGUCGAUAUGAAGAUGAUAGUCGAAAACCUGAUCAUGAUGAUAAUUAUCGUCGUGACCGUGACCGAGAUCGUUAUAAUAAUUCAUCUCGGCGUAGUCAUGAUAGUGGACGAAGUGGAAGAUAUAAUCAUUCAGAUCGAGAUAAUGAUCGUAAUAAUUAUCGAAAUCGUGAAACAAAUGAAUCUGAUAGUCAUCGACGAUUAUCUGAUGAUAAUUUUGAUGUUGAACCACAAUCUAAAAAUCAACAACGUAGUAUGCCACGGCGGACAAUACAAACUGAAGAUACUUCGAAUAGACUUCAUUUAUCAAACAAAUUUGAUAUGCUUUAUAUUGAUGUUCCUGAUGAUAAUGCUCAAAGUCGAAUAAUUAAUUAUUAA